AUGCAAGCUACUCCGCCUCGAGGCCAAACAUUAGUCUAUUCCACAGUUGAUGGCCACAAUAUCAAGUUCGACUACUUCUUGCCGAGGACCGUUAGCGGAAGACUGCCCGCCGUAAUCUACUACCAUGGAGGAGGAAUGACUGCCGGUUGGCGUGGCGGUUUCAAUUUCCCAACUUGGCUGCACGAUAACUGCCAAGAGAAAGGCUACAUCUUUAUCAGUGCAGAUUACCGUUUGUGUCAUCCAACUACUGCUUUGCAUCAGAUCGAGGAUGCGAAGGCUCUGUUCAAAUUCCUCGCUUCGGAGGACUUCAAGUAUGCUUUACCGGAAUCUGUUACACUCGACACAGAUCGGAUAGCAGUUACAGGUUUCUCAGCCGGCGCUUUCUCUGCCCGUGCAGCAUGCAUAUAUGCCGACCCCAAACCAGCAGUCCUCAUGACAGCUUAUGGCUCUGCUGGAGAUUGGCUUCUUGAUCACUGGACGGUCGGCCGACCACCUACCACCAUCGCCAAGCUGGUAGAUCUCGACGAUGUCCCAAGGCUACUCGCCGACAAGACUGUUGUGAGUGAGGAUAAGCCAACACAAGGCAUGAUGUCCAAUCGUUUUGCACUCACAGUUCGCUGGGAGCUCGAUGGAACUUUCCUUGAUAACUGCCUAGGAAGACCUGGAUUGGGUGCGAAGCUCAAUAAAAUUCCCUAUGAGGAGCGAGCUGCUGCGAUUCCCGAGAAUCUAAAGCCGGCGUUCGUCCAGCUCUUCGUGUCUGAAAGUCAUCCGCCAACCAUCCUGGUGCACGGCACGGCAGAUGAAGUUGUACCAGACCAAGAGAGUGUUCAUCACCAUGAACAACUGAAGAAACUUGGAGUCAAGACAGAAUUGAUUCUUGUGGAAGGUGCUGGACAUGGACUUGUGGAUUUGAAGAGUGGAUUCCCGCCAAAGCCAGCAAAAGGAAAAGAUGAGGCGUAUAGAAGGGCUGCCGGGUUUAUUGAUGAGAUUUUUGCGACUGUGAAAGCGUGA